AUGGAGAGGGAGAGGGCCGCCAUGGACUGGGUUGAGAUGCUCAACAUCUUUGAGCUCCAGAGAAUCUUUUACCGCCCUCGACCGGAACUUGGAGAUCUUGGUGUUGACGUGACGCUUCAUGAUAGUACCGCCGAGAUCGCGGCCAACGCGCCGAGAUACCGUCGCAAGAGCUCGACCUUCAUCGACGGCAUUCAUGAUGUUCCCGAGGAUCAGGACAUGGCGCCGGCUCAGCUUUAUAGCACAAUGUCUGGCCGUCUGUUCCAUUCUGGUCGCAUCGCCAUCGUCAUGGUGGGCCUUCCGGCUCGUGGCAAGACGUUGGGAGUCAAGACCCGCAUCUUCCACCUCGGUGAUUACCGUCGUGCCACCGUUGGAAAGGGCGGUAUCGUUCCCGAGGAUUACUUCUUCCCUGACGCCUCUCCUCAGUCGGUCAUUCUUCGUCAGAAGAUCCUUAAGAAGUGCCGUGAGGACAUCUACGCCUGGUUGAACCAUGAGAAUGGACAGGUUGCGAUCUACGAUGCUGUCAACCCCACCGCGGCUGGUCGCCGUGCCCUGGCUAAGGAACUCGCUAAGCACGAUGUCCAGACGCUGUUCAUCGAGUCUUUCGUCGACGAUGAGGCCAUUUUGCGUGAGAAUGCGCGCAAUGUCAAGAUCUCCUCCCCUGACUUCGCGGGCAUGGACCCUGAUGAGGCUGCCAAGUUGUACUUGCGCCGCAUCGACAUGAAGAUCCCCGUCUUCGAUACCAUGGACGAGAAGGAACUCAACUACAUCAAGAUGAUCAACGCGGGACAGAAGUUCUUCUACAACAAUGUCUCCUUCGGCUACCUCUCUCACCGCAUUGUCUUCUACUUGACCAACCUUCACAUCAAGUCGCGCACUACCUACUUCGUUCGAGCUGGCGUUACCACCGAGGAAGACUCGUACAAGGCGGAUGCGCCUCUUUCCGAGGAGGGCAUGGCGUACGCUGCUCGAAUGUCCGAGACACUUCUAAAGCACCGCGAGCAGGAGCGCGCUGCCCUCGUCGAGAAGGGUGGCAAUGCUGUUCCCCUUCGUCCUCUGUCCGUCUGGACCUCCACUCGUUGCCGCACUGUUCAGACUGCGGAUUACCUCAAGAACAAGGGCUUCAAGGUUCGCCAGCGUUCUCAGAUGAGCCAGAUCAACCCUGGUGUCUGCGAGAAGAUGUCGGAGCGUGCCAUUCGUCACCUCUACCCUGAGGAGGUCGAGAAGCACGAGCUCGACCCGUAUCAUCAUAGAUACCCCCGCGCUGAGUCCUACCACGACCUCGCCGUCCGCCUUGAGCCCAUCAUUUUGGAGCUUGAGCGCGAGCAGAGUGAUCUUCUCAUCAUUGCGCACGAAUCUGUUCUUCGUGUUCUCUAUGCCUACCUGAUGCACUGCGCCACCAUGGAUAUUCCCAUCCUCAAGUUCCCCCGCGACGAAAUCAUCGAGAUCAUCCCUGCCGCCUACCAGAACGAGGCCAAGCGCGUCCACAUCCCCGGUGUCGACCCCAAGAUCACCCCCGGCUCCCCCGAGGACAUUAGCAUCCCCGUCCCUGGAGGUGGAAGCGGUGUCGCCAGCGGCAACCUCUCGCCCAUGCCUGGUAUCUCGUCCCCUGCGGAGCCCAACGUCGUCGUCGAGCGCCCACCCGAGAAAGUCAUCAACACCGCUGCCGAGAUGGUCGCUGAUCGCCAGAAUGACGAGGACUAA